GUUCUGAAAUAGCAUUUGCAUAACCCGCCCCUGCAUAACGAGCUGUCCGGUUCAGCGUGCGUGGUCCACAGUGCCGCUACUCGAGAAACAGACAACCAGGGAGGAAAUAUACCGGCAGGAAGGACUGUCACCGUCUCUAAACUAAUAACAUGAUCAUUAUAAUCGAAGAUAAGGAGGGCUUCGACAAGGCCCUGGAGGAGGCAGUAGAUAAGCUGGUGGUGGUGGACUUCACAGCCACGUGGUGUGGCCCCUGUCAGAGCAUCGCUCCUUUCUUCAAGGGUCUGUCUGAGAAUUAUCAGAGUCUGGAUGUGGCCAGUUUCUGUGACAUCAAGUGUAUGCCAACAUUCCACUUCUACAAGAACCAGAAGAAGGUGGAGGAGUUCUCAGGGUCCAAUCAGGCCAAACUGGAGGAGCUGGUCAACACUCACAAAUAAACACACACCCGUCUGUCUCCUCUCCUCCCUCUCACCUGUCUGAGGACAGUUGUCUCCUCUCCAACUCUCCUCUGUCUCAAUUCACCUGAGGAUGCCCCAAAGCCUUCCACCCCCUCCUCAACUGAUCUGACAGGACGCCCCAAAGCCUUCCACCCAAUCCUCCCUUUCUCUUCCCCCAAUCUACGUAGAAUAUGCCUUUCACCUUCCUCUGUUUUCCCUUCUCCCUGUCUCCCCCCC